AUUUUCUGUUUCUGUUUCUCCCGUAGUAGUUUAGUAGUGUGUAGUCCCUUACAAAAUCUGGAAAUCACUACCGUGCUGGAAAGUGAAGGUUGCUUUCAUGAAUCGUGUCAUUCGUGUCAAGUAUUUGUUUGAGUAAAUUAACGGAUCAUAUAGAUUUAAUUUUUCUGGUGAUAUUUAGAUUGUUGUUAUAGUUUCAAUCAUCAAGUCUUCCAUUUACUUGAAAGUUUUUCUGUGCGGUGGAUUCUUCAAGAAAUUUUCUAUCUACUUGGAUUCUGAGUCUGACGCAAUACUAGUUGUUCAACCAUAAAAAUAUUGAAGAUGGCACACGAUCACCACAUGGGACACAACCACAUGGAUCACAUGGACCACUCACAGCACAACUUGGACCAUGCAGCCAUGGGCCACAACAUGGACAUGGUGAAGGCCGGCUGUCACGACGACCCUGCGGCAGAUGCCUCCAAUGGCACCAUGUCUGGACACAUGAUGCAUCAUAUGAUGUCUAUGGCGUUCCAUUUCGGUUUUAAUGAGACGAUAUUGUUUGACUUCUGGAAAACCUCUUCAGUUUACGGCGUAAUAGGAUCUAUGAUAGGUAUUGUCAUAAUGGCGGCUUUAUACGAAGGACUGAAAUAUUAUAGGGAGCACCUCUUCUGGAGCUCAUACAAUGCACUGCAGUACAGAUCCGUACAGAUGCCUGUUGAUAAGUCAGCUAGCUCAAUGGACAGCAGAGUCGUACACGUCGUUGGCGAAGUGAUUCAUAAACAGCCGCCGUCAAUGCUGAGUAAAAUGCACGCGUUGCAAACAGGCCUGCAUGUGGUGCAGAUGAUCAUCAGCUACUUGCUCAUGUUGAUAUUUAUGACGUACAACGUGUACCUUUGUGCGGCGGUGGUGGUCGGCUCGGCAAUAGGCUACUUCUUGUUCGGCUGGAAGAAGUCGGUCGUUGUCGACGUCACAGAACACUGUCAUUGACCGCAAACGCUUCUCAAAUAUGUAUAUAUUGUGCAUCAUUAACAUAUAGUAUCAAUAUUUUAUAUUAUGAAAUUUGGACGAUCGUCUUGUAUGUUCCAAUGUUGAAAUCCAAAGCAAUCCAAUAGCAGUUUAAGCUUCAUGUGCAAUACUGACUUAUAUCACUACCGCGUAGAUUUACCUGUAAAUUUAGGUGGUAGUGCUCAUAUACGUCUGCAAGUUAUACAAAUAUUAUUUGUUAGUGUCGAUUGUUUCCAAUAGUAUGUUGGUUCCACAAUCUAUCAAUACUCAAUCAUUGUGAUAAAUAGUCUAUUCGAUACGACUUCACAUUUUGAAAAACAGACAAGAUUUGCCUUUUCACAUUGUGACAAUUUAUCGCCUUGUUUGAUUUUGAAAUUGAACUUAUUUUAUGGAAAUCAAGUUUGAAAUUAAACAAUGUACUAUUACAUGGACUAUACUAUUACAAAACGGACUCAACGUGAUCAUAUAUUCACAACAUUUAUAAAGUUGCUGAUUAAUAGUUAUUUCAGUUCUAUUAUAGAGAAAAGAUAGUAUGAGCUAUGCUAUCUUUUUUCUAUGGUUCUAUCUACAUUUGAUAUGUAAACAAGUCAACAUGCGACUCAGCUUUUGGAGGGUCAAUUUAUGUUCUUCAAAACUUGAGAUUACAUAAUCAUGCUAUUGCAUGAGAACUUGAAAUUAAUCUUAGUUUGGAUUGGGAAAAUGGAUAGUAUUUUUCGAUAAAAUAUUUUUUCAACUAUUCAAGUACUAUGUUGUUGGAAUCAACAAUCUCUGCACCAGUGACUUUUAAACCCUCCUUGUUCAAAUUAUUCAAUAAUAAAGCAGUAGUUGGUGGAAUUUGUUCAUCAUAUCUCAAUUAAUUUACAAAUUAACUAUUUAUUAUUUAUUGGAUUUAAUACAUUUUAUCAAUAGUUUAAAUGGUUACUUAUUUAUUCCAUUCAUUAUUUCAGUUAUUAUGUUGAAGAUCAUUCUGUAUUAUACUUCAUGAAUACUUUGAAUAUUUUCACAUUCUCUGUUCCUAUUUUCUGAUUGAUGUAUGAUAGAAUAUUCUUUAGAUAAAAUCAGUAGUUAUGAGGCAACUAGAAGCAAUGAACAAUGCUAAGCACAGAUCAUUCCAAUAGUUUAACUUUAAUAGACUCUGUUUUAAUUUACAAACAUUCAGUAAGAGAACGUGAACCAUUUUCUUUGACUAAUUCCGAUUUCUAUUAUUUUAAAAAAAUAAUUAUUAAGGCCUAAAUUUUAGAGAACUAUUAUGCAAGUAGAAAGCACGGCAUCAUUGACCUUAUUCAAUAGGUUUUCUGUUGGAGAGAAGGCCUAACUUAUAAUUUACAAAUUACCAGUUUAGUAGUUAUAUAGUUGGUACUUCUAAUUGAUUUAUCCGCAAAUUGGAAAUCUUCAAAAGUGGGUCCCAAUGUUCCAAAGGGCUCAUCUCAUGUAAAAUUAAGACAGACAGAGACUUAUCUUCAAGGAAGAAUGUUAUAUAAAUUAUAAAUAUUGUUUACAAAAAUAAUUAUAUAAAAGGUAUACUAAUA